AUGAAAAAACAAAAUGGAAAUAUAAGAAAUAUGCAUGAAGAAACGAUUGAAAUGCGUGAUAUUUCAGAUAUGUGGAUGGAAAUAUGGAUUGCACAAAAUAAUUAUUUAAUCGAGUCAAAGAAAAGUUCAAGAUUUAAAAUUUAUUUAAAUAAAUUACGAAAAAAACCUUUAUUUAUUUGGUUUAUUUCUUUAAUCCAAAUUCUAGUUUUUCUAGUUGAAUUAAUUCAAAGUUGGUUAUUAACUGGUAGUCCAAUUCAAUUAAAACCAUCAUUCAAUCCAGUUAUUGGUCCAAAUGUCUAUUUAUUAAUACGUAUGGGUGCAAGAUUUUCUCCAUGUAUGCAUACAAUAUCUGGUAUAACAGAUAAUAAUUUUUAUUAUUUUUUAUGUUUAAAUAAUACAAGUUUAAUUGAACAAAAAUCAUGUAGUUUAAAUGAUAUUUGUGGAUUUAAUCUUUCAUCUCCACCAAAUCAAUGGUAUCGUUUUAUAAUUCCAAUAUUUCUUCAUUCAGGAUUUAUUCAUAUUGGUUUUAAUCUUCUUACACAACUUAUUCUUGGUGCAUCUAUGGAGAAUAAAAAUGGUAGUUUACGAUUAUUAAUUAUUUAUUUUAUUUCUGGAAUUUUUGGAAUUAUUAUCGAUGGAAAUUUUGCUCCGAAUGGAUUUGUAACUGUUGGUUGUAGUGGGUCACUUUUUGGUAUAAUUGCUCUCUAUUUAGUAAAUAUAAUAUACGAUUGGCGUAAUGGAAUAUCCUAUGAAUUCAUUACUCUCAUUAUUGAUAUUAUUAUUAAUUUUUGUUUGGGACUUUUACCAAGUAUAGGAAAUUUUAAUCAUAUUGGUGGAUUUAUUAUGGGUUUUAUAUUAAGUGUAACUUUAUUAGUACAGCCUAGUAGAUUUCAUUUUAUUAAAUCGUGGAUUUGGUUAAUAUUACGUUUUACUUUUUUAAUAGUCGCAAUUCUUUUAUUUAUUUUUUCAAUUGAAAAUAUUUAUUCAAGAAAAAUUCAAUGUACUUGGUGUAAAUAUCUUGAUUGUUUACCAAUUAAUAAUUGGUGUCAUAUUGGUUAUUUAAAAACAAAUAUUACAAUUAAUUCGACACUCAACACAUUUUAUUAA